AUGGUUCCUUUUCUCUCCAUCAUUCCCUCCACAGAUCUGGAGCCUGAUGACAAUACGUCGUUCUACAUCCUCAAUGUGGGCCAGCAGGUUGUGGUCAACAACCAGUCUAUGGGCCAGUCACGCCAUGGCAGCAUGCAGUCUCACUCCCACUCCCAGGUCAUCAACUCCUCCCCCCAUCAGCGCCUGCAGUCCCACAAGGUGUACGACCCCAACUAUGAGGUCCAGGACAAUGUCAACAAAAACAAAUACAGCCCUGCAGGUGGGGGUGGGGGGCCUCCCAAAGCCUUUGAGUGUCCUAGCAUCCAGAUCACCUCUAUCUCCCCCAGCUGUCAGCAGGAGAUGGACGCUAACGAGGAUGAUCUUAGAGGUAAUGAUGGGGACUACCACCACGGGGACCGUCCCCUGUCCAGGGACCACCUGUACUUGCCCUUAGACCACUCAUACCGGGACUCAACUCUCAGCCCGUCCCCCUGCAGCUCCCUGUCCUCCAGGAGCUGGUUCUCAGACGCCUCAUCCUGCGAGUCCUUCUCCCACGUGUACGAUGACGUGGACUCUGAGCUGAACGAAGCGGCCGCAAGGUUUACCCUGGGGUCUCCCCGCACAUCCCCUGGCUGCUCUCCUCAACCUGGGGUCCUGGAGGAGGGUCAGUGGGCCGGGCAGCAGCACCACCAUCCUGCCUUUCACCACUCCCACCACUCCUCCCACUCCCUGUCCCCCCGCGCCUCCCCCUGCCACUCCCCACGCACCUCCGUCACCGAUGAGAACUGGCUGAGCCCCCGGCCGCCGUCCCGCCCCUCCUCACGCCCCACCUCACCCUGUGGGAAGAGACGCCACUCCAGCGCAGACAUCUGCUACCCGGUGGGCUCUGUGUCCCCACACCACUCCCCGAUCCCCACCCCCGAGCCAUCCCCAAGGGGCAGCGUGACAGAGGACACCUGGAUAGCAAGCCCCUCCAUGGGCAUGUCCCCGUUCCAGUGCUGCCCUUCCGAGGCAGACAUCCCCUCAAAGACUAGAAAGACGUCCCAGGAUCGGACAGGCUCCAUGGGGGGCAAGGGGGACCUGGGCCUGGAUGACUCUGGGAACGGGUCCCCCCUCAUGGACUCUCCCUCGGAGGACACCCUGCACUCCCUGAAGAAGGACGGGCCAGGGGAACAGUUUCUCUCAGUGCCCUCACACUUCACAUGGAACAAACCCAAACCAGGACACACACCCAUCUUCAGGUAUGUCACUUCCUGUACCUGCCCUCUCAAUCACAAAUAGAGUUGGAAAAUUCCACAAAUUUACCCAGAAAUUUCGGUUGGAGGAUUCCCGAAAUCAGGAGGGAAUACGCAGGGAGGGAAUCCUCCAACCAGGAUAUCUGAAAAACCAAGGAAGAUAUUUUGCAACACUAAUCAGAACUCAUCUUUGGGUUUAGUCCGCAUUUAGCAUGAAUACACACUUAUCAGAGUCAUUAGUAUUAUUAGGUCAAGGUAGAGUACAUGAAAGGUACAGAAAGGAACCUUUAUGGGACCUUUUAUAGGAUUAGUGGUAAAUUAACAAAAUGUUCAGGAGCCUGUUUGAUCCCGAUAAGAGCAUUAAGACACUGUUCCUACUAGUAUUUUAUGAAGGAAGAUCAUUACAUUUAAUCAAGUUUAAUAGCAAUAGAUUACAGUUCACUCCUGGUUAUGCAAUGGCUUGGGACAGUUGGGCAAGCAUUCCUCAAAUUUGAGCUUGCAGUCGGAUAUCCAGAGCUCCAGAGUUAAAAUUAUGUAGCCUAAUUGAAUUAGAACAGGGGAACUACCCUGCACUUAUUCUGCACCUAUCAGGGGUGCACUAUUGUAAUAUUCUGUGUCAUAUAUAAUAUGACUCCCAAUGCUCUCGAAUUUUAGGUUCUGGGAAAGCUUCACAAGUCUAUUCUUUAGUCACGUCUUUAGACGCACAUGGCCUGAAACAUUUAAUGAGCCACAGAGACAUGAUGCCGCUGUUUGAAGUAGCACAACAGUGUAACAUAAGGUUGUUGGUGCCUGGGGGGAAGCACAUGCGCACGUCACACACACACACACACAUAUACUUUUUAUCGGGAAAUCGGCAACCAGAAGCUCUUGAUCGUCGUGACGCACUGACUUCUAUCAGAAAGAGAGGGUUAAAGUUUCCCUUCUCUGCUCUCACAAUGUGUGCAGCAGAUGAAGUCUCAGCUCUGGUCCCUGGCGCUAUAAAUCAGCACAGGUCACAUAUUGCUGAGGGGUCACACCACCACCAUCUAACCCAGCCCUCCUUCUGAAACAUCACAGUCUUGGCUGCCCAUUCACAGACACCAGAAAGGGGUCAACAAUGUACCUUGUUAUAGUGGUCUAAUGCCCUGCUACAAGAGUAUAUUCAUAUCUAGGAUAAACCACGAUGUAUCAAAUGAUUAGUAGUUAGGACUAGAGUAGGCGUCCACUGUUGGAUGUAGUGAGUGCUGUGACUGUGGGGUGAUCUCUCCUGUCUGCUGUAGAAGGUUCUGGAAGAAUCUCCCCCAGGUUUGUCACCAUGAUACCAGUAUCGCGAUACUCCAGAAGUAUCGUGGCAAUGAAACAAAACAUGAAGCAGACAUCAUUUCUUGAGGAAAACAGUCCUAUAGUAGAAAAAAAGUUGAGUCUGCUUCCUGUUCUUUUUUUUGCCAAGGAAAAUCUGGUAUCGUAGUAUCGCCAUACUGGUAUCGUGACAACCCUAGUCCCCAGUCAGAGAAGCUGUGUCUGUGAGGUGUUCUGCUGAACAGAUGGUCCAGGCGUCUGUCUGCUGGGUGGCUGUCACUGUUCAGUGGCUGGUGGUGGAGGAAACAGAGGCAUGGCAUGGGGCGGGGGGCUCCGAGUCUGAGCCUCAGACAGACUGGGGGUGGAUUCAGGGAGCCCUCCCUCCCAGUCCCUCCCUAUAGCCUGAUCCCAGAUCUGUUUGAUGUAUAGACAAUUGGCAUGACAAUGACCAUUGUAGUUGGCUACACUGCACAAAAAGAUCUGUGACCAGGCUAGUCCAUCCCACCUCAGGGCUAACCAUAGACAUACAUAUUCACAUACUGGUAUUCAGGUUGAUAGGACAUUUAUUGGGGCUAAGAAAGGCUUUAGAGAUGUAGAGGAGGAUGUACAGGGGAGCGGCUGUAGGCCGCAGGAUGUGACUGGUAGCACCAGGCUGGGAGCUCCAGAGCCCCGCGGUACGGAGCAGGAUACCUGAGAAAGGUUACGCUAUUUCAGGCCUCCGGCCUCUGCUCCAACCCGCUCCCUCCCUCCGCCCACCACAACGCUCAGGUUUUCCUAGCUACCAACCCCCUCUCCUGUUACUGUGGCCACUGGCCGGGGAAAACAUACACUUCCGGUGUUAUGUCGGUGGCAUUGGAGGGUACGGGACAAGCCAAUGUCACAGCCACCUUUGUUUUAGGCCUUAAACCUUUAGAGAUGGCUUCCCAGACCUAGAUUAAGAUUACUUCUGGACUACAAAGCAUGCUCAUUGGAGAAUCCCUAUUCAAAAGGCUUUAAAGUCCAGGAAUAGGCUUGAUCUGGGUCUGAGAAGCCGACCUUUUAUUUAGAAUAGUCGUGACUCGUGCAGUACGUCUUUAUAGUAUGCAAUGUGAUAGUAUUCAUAGGGGCUUUCCUCUGCCAUGUGCUGUGGGGGAAUCUAGGCUACUAGGACAGGCUAUCCUAUAGCCUACUUUGAUUCAAAAUCGCUUGGGAACAGAUGCUAGUGGUACAAUACCCCUCAUUGACCAAAAUGUUAGAGAUAUGUGCUUCUAUUUUUCUUCAAACGUCAUACUUUCCUCUUGUACUUGUUUUUCUCAUUCCUGUCAGAGGACAACAGUUUAUUCAGUGAACCGGCUCCAAAGAAAGCCAGCCAGCACAUUUCUCCCAUUUAGCCUGACUGAUGCUGUCCGGAGUCAGCCAGAAGCCCAGCUUCUGGUGGAGGCAUGGAGUGGAGGGAAAAACUGACGGACUCAUUUUUUACGCCUCUGUUGAAUUCUUUUUGAUUUCCCUGGCCUUUAGCAAGUUAACAUUUUGAUUUAAUUUGGUGCCUGUGAUCUGCAUGCCGUGUGAGGGCUGAGUGGAGGGCAUUUCUGUGUGGCAUGUUUGCCUGGCAUAGCAUGGCCUGUUGAAAGCACAAUUUUAGUUUCGCCACGAGCUGACAGGGGCACAUAAAGAAACAAUAGACAAUGGUUAGUGACUUACCUUGACUAGCGGAGAAAAGAAGCCAUAGUGGUUAGGCCAGCCUGCUUCGACAGCUUACAGUGGUGUGUAUCAUUCCUCUUACUCAUAGGCCAUGCACGCACCCACACACGUUUUAUUUCUCCACUUGCAUACUGCACAGUGCUGUGUUAGAGGAAACUGUGUCUCCCUGUAACUGUUAACAGACCAGGAACACCUGUAUCAUGCUGUAUGGAACACAUACUGAGAGCUCCUUAAAAACUGGCUCAAUGUAGCCCAGUCUUUAUAACUGGCUCAAUGUAGCCCAGUCUUUAUAACUGGCUCAAUGUAGCCCCGUCUUUAUAACUGGCUCAAUGUAGCCCAGUCUUUAUAACUGGCUCAAUGUAGCCCAGUCUUUAUAACUGGCUCAAUGUAGCCCAGUCUUUAUAACUGGCUCAAUGGAGCCCAGUCUUUAUAACUGGCUCAAUGGAGCCCAGUCUUUAUAACUGGCUCAAUGUAGCCCAGUCUUUAUAACUGGCUCAAUGUAGCCCAGUCUUUAUAACUGGCUCAAUGGAGCCCAGUCUUUAUAACUGGCUCAAUGGAGCCCCGUCUUUAUAACUGGCUCAAUGGAGCCCCGUCUUUUUCAUGAAGAUACAGUGUGUAUGCUAGUAGAUUAUGAAUUACUAACAACCUAAAUCGUUUUUACAAUAAUAUGCCUAAAUAGGUUUUUAGAACAGAUUAUUUCUCUCUAGGUUGUAGCUCAAUAGAGCCAUAGACCAACCAAGCUACCCAGAGAGACUCACUGAGACAGUUUGUCUGUGUGGAGGGGCAUGGAUGGAGUGUUUCUUUUUGAAUGCAGCUGUUCAAAUAUGAUUGUGCCCUACAUAGAUAAAAACACACAGAGGAAAAGCAGCCUGCAGCCUCUCCUGUGACACAGCCUCUCAUCCAUACUACAGUGCUGAACAACACAACCAUACUCUCCAUCCAUCUAAAUACUGUUUAUAGUGUAAAACCCCUUAAUGAUUCACUACUAGUUACAGUCCCUAAAUGAGCUAUUACAAGUGUGAUUUUCGAGUAUGGUUAGCCUAAUGUUUGUGGGAAUUCCUAUGAUUCACUGUCUUUUCUGUCUGAUUGGGUUGAACACAUCACAUAGCCUCUUCAGCCCCAUUUAGCCACUGUGCUCUGUGUGUCACUCAGACCUAGUGUAGGCCUAGAGUGAUCCUCCACAGUAUUUCCAGAGGUCAUGAUUCAGUUCAACCUGUUGUGCUCUCACUUCUUUACAGUAUUUUAGCAUACAUAAUGUGUCAUUGCAUUGGUUCUUCCAUUGGUUCUUCCAUUGGUUCUUCCAUUGGUUCUUCUAUGUACUUAUUAUCUUUGAUUAAGGGCAGUCAAACCUACAUUUCAGUAGCGUAUUUAAACGCACAACCUCUUUUCCCUGACCAAAUACAAUUGCGAUAGUUGAGUGGUUCUGUAUGCUCAAAUUGACUCAUCUUACAAGUAGAUGCUCUUAGUUCUCAGAAUAAGACAUGUGGGUGUGCUGGCCUGGCAGUAGUUUGUAAACAGAGGUACUGUACUGUGCUGCCAAGGCAGGUUUGAAUGAAUCCAGACGGUUUAGCUAGCUCUAACCUGUCCCAGCUGGCUAAUAUGUUAGACCUAAAUCUCUGAUUAUAGUCUUUUUGUCAUCCAUAGGAUGAGUAUGUAGUCACAGGGCUCACAGGUAAUGUCUUCCCAAAAGACAAUAAAUUCUAGGUGAUAUAGGCUAUAUCUAUUUGUUAUCCAUAGGAUGAGUAUGUAGUCACAGCGCUUCAUAGAUAUCGCCUAGGUGAUCUGUAUCUUGUUGUUAUCCAGACCAGCAGUACCCUUAUUGUCUUAUGUAUCGGUUUGUCCCCAGGACCUCCUCCCUGCCCCCCCUGGACUGGCCCCUGCCCCACCAGUUUGGCCAGUACGAGCUGAAGAUCGAGGUGCACCCCAAGGCCCACCACCGAGCGCACUACGAGACAGAGGGAAGCAGAGGGGCGAUCAAAGCCUCAUCGGGCGGUCACCCUGUUGUCAAGGUAAGACAUAUAGCUUAUUGUAGUCUUUCCCCUAGAUUGUUUUCCAGACAGGGCUCAAAGGCCCCUGGCAUCAACAUUGUUCAUUGAAACCAAUAGAAGCCAAACUGUUUUAGGCUGGGUGCAAAACAAAAGAGCUACUGAGCUAGGCGGGUGGACCUUCCUCACUAAUUCACUGGCCUAGUGCAUGGUCAAUGAAUAACCCAUAGAAAUCAGAAUAACCAAAGUUAUUACCAGCUGGUGUAACCAACCACACCUAAUAACUGGCAAAACACAGGUCAAAUGGCUCUUUAGGUCCUAGUGUAGGUCAUGGCCAGUUUGUUGUGCCAAUCUGUUAGCAUGAUGCCUGACUGCCCUGCAUUGUGUUACAUAAGGUAAACCUUUCCGAAUCUAACCUAUACCCCCAGGGAAACUAUCACCUUAGUCACGUAACCAUGGUGUUGGCGUGGCAACCUGGACGCAGGAAGUAGAACUUGAGAAACUCUCUGAUGUAAACUACAAAGGUAGGGCAGCUCAGUUCAGUUCAGGAGGUGACCUGCAUCUAUACUGACAGUGACAGACCUCAUUCAGAUUGAUAGACAGCCCGUGCCUUGUAGAAUCAGGACUGGUGCCAAGACUGGGACGGUCACAGCAUGCAGUACCUCAACUGUCAAUUCAUCAAUUUAUAUAGCCGUCUAGGUUACGGCAGCCAAUGCUAGUGAAUUAAACUACAGAGAAGUGUCUCAGUUUACCUGGUGAGCGUGUAAGUAUUAUCAGACAAUGACCACCCCACCCCUCCCUCUGUACAGGUAGAAAGGUAAGCUGCUGCAGCAGGCAUGCCAAGCAGGGCAGGAUACAUCAUCGGUGUCACCGUCACCGAAGCCCAAUUAGUUUGUCUGUCAUGUGAAACCCCUGGACACUGAGGCAGAGUGAGCCUCAGAGCUGGAGCAGUGAAACCAAUAAUAAUAUAAUAGUAAUAUAUGCCAUUUAGCAAAUGCUUUUAUCCAAAGUGACUUACAGUCAUGCUUGCAUACAUCUUACGUAUGGGUGGUCCCGGGAAUUGAACCCACUACCAUGGCAUUACAAGUGCCAUGCUCUACCAACUGAGCUACAAAGGACAAGUUCCAAAGGUGCAGACCCUGCCUAACUACAACUCAACUCCAGGCAGGCUCAAGAAAAGGCUCCCAAGUAUUUGAAAGAUUUUUAAUACUAUUUGAACCGAGGUCUGUUACAGUACCUAUGUAGCGCCACAUUCCUGACCCAGGGCUCCCGUUCUGUUAUCCAGCUGACAACCAGAGCAGAGCCAGGCAGCGGGUGAAUAUUUUAUGCUCAUGGGACAGGGAUCCUUUGUGUGGUGACUGAAGCCAGGCGGAUGGCAUCAUGGGCCAUGACCACUGUUGUGUAACCCAACAAUGCCCCUGCUUGGAGUGUGUGUGUGUGCAUAACCCAACAAUACCCCCCUUAUAGGAGCCAGGAGACGGCUUGUCAUUCCAGUCCACUCCCUCAGGAUAAUCUUUUAGUUGGGGUUUUAAUGGAACUAUACGCUGGUACCCACAGCAACCCCAAUGUCAUACUCUAAUUGAAGUGACCUUUAAGAAUGUGGACCAGAGUAAGACCACAGUUUGGUCUCCAGAACCGCUCAUUUGUUAAAUCUUUCACUGGGGUUGUCAUCAUUGGUUAUUUUGAUGCAAAUGUUGUUGACCAGUUGUUCCAUACAGCAUAUUUUCUUAAAAACUAUGCCAACUCUCAUCUCAGGGCUAGUUAUACAGACUGGGUCCUGUUCCUCCACCAGUCAGAGCUAAUGUUGAACCAUUCCAACUGCAACCCCUCCAACUGCAACACCUCAUUAUACCCCACCAUGUGUGACGAUGCAUAAUUUAGCUUUCAAAAUGUUGAACCCAUACGGGCAUUGGCUGUGUUUGCCCUCAUUCCUAGUCCAGAAGGGAGCUAUUUGGCUAUAAGAUAAUUUCAUUCCUUCUUUUUUUUGUAUCGCUCCUCGCUUUGUCUUUGUGUGUGUGUGUGUGUGUGUGUGUGUGUGUGUGUGUUUUUGUGUGUGUGUCUUGUCUUCAUGUGUGUUAUGGGGCACCAGACCAGUGUAACACUAGGAGCAUGUGAGGAUAGAUAUCAUCUCUGGUCAGGCAGGUCUAGUGGUGUUGUCCUUGUUUACUAAACAGAACCUCCUCAUUGUUUCUCUGUUGACACUCUGUUUCAUGCCCCCUUUAACACCGUGUGACCAAGAGGCUGUCCUAUUAUAUUUGUUUUCACAGAAACACUGUUGUUUUUAUUACAACCUAAACACCUGCCUUACUGAUACAGGUCCAAGACACAAUGUGCUGCUAGAGUAUUUACAAAAAGUCUCAGGUAAGAAGUGCUGAUCUAGGACCAGGUCCCCAACGGUCCAGAAAAUCGUAUUCAUUAUGAAUUCAUGAUGUAAAAGGCAAAACUGAUCCUAUAUCAGUGAAUAUACAGCAGGCCCUGGUGAAUAGGGAUGAGUCAUCAAGGGUCAGUCACUAGGUUAACAACAGACUGACUAACAGCCUUUUCCCUCCAGGUGUAGGUCUGUAACUAAGCCUAUAGUCCCUAGCCGUAGGAGGACAUUGGUCCCUCAGUGUCUCAGUGUGUCACUGCAUCCUUCUGCUCUCAAUGGCUCCAUGGGAGCGCCAGUCUUCCUGUGGGGUCCACUGACUCAGGUGUUGGGACUCGUGAUGUCAUCAACUGACGCAAUGACUGCCAUCUGGCCGUGGUGUGGCCAGCUUCCUUUUGUGACUGUUGUGUUUGUUGUCUAUAUCAAGACACACACACACACACACACACACACACACACACACACACACACACAAACACACACACCCCAGAUCAAGGAGCCACAGAGCUGCUAUGUCAACAGAAACAAGAGCAUGACACUGGGAAGGGGUCCAUGGUAGAGCCCUGCACAGGCAGGAAAUUGAAUCCCGAGCCCUACCCAUGCCCUACCCUACCCGGGCCCGAUUGCUUCUGACAAAUUUAAGGCCCUGCCUGAACCCAAAAUCAGAAAUACAUUUCUUCAUGAGCUGCUCAUCUCUGUCUGUUCCCCUGCUCCGUCCCUGCACUGCACUGCAUCUGCUCCAUGCGCUGUCUGCGUGUGUGAGUAUCCAUAGCAACGCCCCAGCUUGGGCUGCUCACGAGAAGUGGUAGAGCUGUUAGCUAGCAACUUUUCGUUACUCUAAACUCCUACCAAAACUUCUGUGAAAUAAUAUCUCCUGUCGACUCGGACAAUGUUCUGGUUUUAUAUUUUAUAAGAGGUUGAAGCACUUCUGACACCAUGUUAUGAUAGUAAGAUAUGACUGUACAGAGACCCUGCACAGCAGAGCAGGAGGGAGCAAAUGGCUCAGCUUCAAAAUGUUAGUGAUCAAUUUAAUCAUUCUUGAAAAUAAUACCCAAGCCCGGCCCAUACCCUGGUAGAUGAAAAAACGGGCCUUAACCUGAUGUAUAAUGUUGGGGCCCUUCAGGUUCGGGUCAGGUAGCAUAACCUAGAAAGGGUAAGCUGCUGCAGGGCAGGAGAAGAAGGACAGACAGGGUGUCUGAGUGUGUGUGUGUGUGUGCGUGUGUGGUGUGCGUGCGUGUCUCCCCCUCAGCCAGCCAGCCUACAUUAUUCAUGCUACUGUAUCUGCUUUAUGCUAAUUGUACCGGUCCUGUUCCUGAAGCGCUUGCUGGCUUUUCCCCCUAUUAUCUCUCUCUUUUUCUAGACUCUCUUUGACAGAGCCCAGUUUAUAUGGCAGAAGCCAGCCAGGCUUUGUCUGUUGUUUUCUCUGAUCACAGUGGGCCACAGAUGAGCAGUUAUAA